AUGGGCGCCGGCGAGAUUUCCCUCUGGAAAACCCCCUCCGCUGCUUCUCCGGCAGUCACCACCACCGCCACCUCCUCUCCCUCCUCCUCCUCCUCCUCCUCGGAGAUCUCCUCUCCGGCCAAGUCCUGCUCCUCCACCUCCCCAUCGCCGCUCGAGGAGGAGAUCCUCGCUGGCCUCAAGCAGCCCCUGCUCGCCAGCCAAGAGGCGGCACUCAUGCUCCUCCGCACUUCCACCAGGGACGGCGGCGCCGCCGUGCGGGCGUCUCUCUGCUCCCACAAUCUCCUCGCCGCCAUCCUCCCCUUCCUCCUCUCUCGCCGCCCCUCUCUCCAGUCCAGCGCCGGCGCCUCCCUCGUCAACCUCUCCCUCCACCCACCCAACAGGGCACACAUUGUCCGGGCCGGCGCCGUCCCCGCCCUCGUGGAGCUCCUCAGGGUCGGCCGAGGGGAGACCCAGGGCCACGCCGCCGCCGCCCUCUUCAGCCUCGCCGUGGAGGACGGCAACAGCGCCGCCAUCGGCGCGUUGGGGGCGCUCCCGCCGCUGCUCCGCCUCCUGGCACAGACCUCACCGGCGGCGGAGCGGCUCCGCAGGGACGCCGCCAUGGCUGUCUACCACCUCUCCAUGGUGGGCACCAACCAGUCGAAGUUGGUUAAGCUCGGGGCCGUGAAGACUCUGCUGGGGCUGGUGGUCGCAGAGGAGCCCACCUUGUCGGCGGCGGCGCUCAUGACGCUCUGCAACCUGGGGGCGCGGGGCGAGGGGCGGGCGGCGAUGAUGGAUGCGGGGGCGGUGGCGGCGCUGGUGGGGAUGCUGAGGGUGGCGGAGUUGCCGGAGGUGAAGAGGGAGCUGUGCGUGGCGGCGUUGUACUUGAUGAGCAGGGGGAACAUGAGGUUCCGGGCUCUGGCGAGGGACGCGGCCGCGGAGGAGGUCCUCCUGGCAGUGGCGGAGGGGGCGAAGGGGAGGAGUCGGCGGAUAAUAGAGAUGGCGAAGAAGGCGUUCAGCGCCGCCGCCGCCACUAAGAGGGAGGAAGAAGACGCCGGCGAGCGUUUGUGCGGGAGCUUGCCGGAGCCGGCGCUACGAGGGCGGCGCCGGUGGAGGGCCGAUCAACAAGAUUUCAGGGGGUUGUUAUAA